AUGGCGUGCCCCAUGGAAGAAGUACCUCUUGCCUCAGCUCCCUAUUUCACCGCACUAUCCUACGCGUGGGACUCUGAACAUGGAACCGACCCGACCAUCUGCGAUGGAGGUCUCAUUUAUGUGACAAAGAACUGUGUCGCUGCGCUCAGAAAUGUCUGCAAGGACAAAAGCACAAACAAGCGGAUCAACGGCAAAGGAGGGAAGGGCCAUCAGAUUACCAUCAUGGGCGACAUCUACAAGGUGACUCGCGUCCGAGUUUGGCUUGGUGAACAGGACGAGUCUAAUGCUCUACUUUGUAAGUACUUUAAGAAGGUCGCUGGGUUUGGUGGCUAUUGGAAGGAUGAAUAG